AUGUGGGACAAACUCGACGACGUCAAGGUCGGCGUGUCAAGGGAAAAGGAACUUGUCGAAAACAAAGAGUUUUGGGGCUGCAUGGUGGAGAGAGGAAGCCAAGUUCAGCGACACUAUGACACUGUUGAGUCUGCCCGAAAACUGAUCGACAUCUUCCUUUCGCAUGACCAUGAACAGUCAGAUGGACCUCCACCGCAAAUUGAGCUGGCAAUCCAACGCGAGAUGGUGGAUCAACACAAGGUUCUCGAAAGCACCUCGGCCGGACGAGAAGUGUGCAACAAACUGAACGAAGAGGAAGCAGAAAUCGAGACCUGCAUUGCGGAAUACCAUGCGGAAAUGCACCAAAUACGGGAAGAAAGAGGCCUCAACAUGCUUCAAGAGCUUGAAGAUCUCGAGAAGCAGAUCAGUGUUGCCAAGAGGAAGAGUGAAAGAAUUUUACAUCACAGGCAGGCCGAGAUGAAAAAGUCAAUGGAGACACUGAUAAGGGAUAAUUUCGACCAAGAUGACCUGGAGCCGGUGGAGGAGAAGAAGAAGAGGCUCGAUGAGGAAUACGUUGCAGGGGAUCCCGAUACACAAUCUUACUACGCUGGGGGCCCGACAUCCACAAGCACAAGCACACGCAAUAGUCAAAGCAGCAAUCGGUCCAGCCUCCCUAGUCUUGAUCGAGUCGUUUCUCCAGACGCCUCACAAGUAAUGGGACAACGGUGGUCUAAACGGGACCAGAAGGAUAUUAGCGUCAGCAUGAGUCUACGGGGCAAGUAUUGCUCCCUCAUUGGCCCUGCGUACAGCAAGUCGUGA